AUUGAGAAGAGUCAAGAGCUGAAGGAUUUGGAAGAGAAAGAUCAUGAUUUAAAAAUUGGAGAAAAGAUGGAAUCUAACAGUUUUUUUAUCUGCCGUCAGUGUGGAAAGAGUUUCAAUCGAAAACAGAACCUUACGCUCCACAUGAAAGUUCACACUGGAGAGAGACGUUUCAUCUGUCAACAGUGUGGAAAGAGUUUUGCUCAAAAAGGAAGCCUUACAGUCCACAUGAGAGUUCACACCGGAGAAAAGCCUUAUACUUGCACUCAGUGUGGAAAGAGUUUUGCACAUAAAGGCAACUUUAAUUUCCACAUGAGAAUUCACAGUAGAGAGAGCUCCUUCACCUGCAAACAAUGUGGGAAGAAUUUCCCUCAAAAACAAAACCUGGCAAUCCACAUGAGGAUUCACUCUGGAGAGAAGCCUUACACUUGCACUCAGUGUGGGAAGAGUUUUGCUCAUAAACAUACUCAUAAUGACCACAUGAGAAGUCACACCGGAGAGAAGAUGUUCAUAUGUGGUCAAUGUGGAAGGAGUUUCAUACAUAAAGUAAGCCUUAAUCGCCACAUAAGGACUCACUCUGGAGAAAACCGUUUUAUAUGUAAUCUGUGUGGAAAGAGUUUUUGUCAUAAAUGUAGCCUCAAAAUUCACAUGAGAGUUCACACUGGAGAGAAGCCUUACACUUGCACUCAGUGUGGAAAGAGUUUCACUCAUCAACACAACUUUAGUUACCACAUGAGAGUUCACACUGGAGAGAAGCCUUACACUUGCACUCAGUGUGGAAAGAGUUUCACUCAUCAACACAACUUUAGUUACCACAUGAGAGUUCACACUGGA